AUGCCGCUCGAGGCGACUAUGAUCAUCAUCGACAAUUCCGAGUACAUGCGGAAUGGCGACUACCAACCUACGCGGUUUGAAGCUCAGGCAGACGCCGUGAAUGUCCUUUUCCAGACGAAGAUCGAUGCAAAUCCGGAGAACACGGUUGGGGUCAUGACUAUGGCAGGGAAAGCUCCUGAAGUGCUCGUAACGCAUACGAAGGAUCUUGGGCAGAUCAUCGGCGGGGUGCACAAAGCCGCGUCUAAGAUCGACGGCGAGAUCGACAUCCCGACCGCGCUUGCCGUCGCCCAGCUCGCACUGAAGCACCGCGAGAACAAGAACCUCCGUCAGCGGAUCGUCGUGUUUGUAGCCUCACCUCCGGGCGAGACUGAGGGUGGUGACGAAAAGUCGAUGAUCAAACUCGCGAAGAAGCUCAAGAAGAACAACGUCGCAGUAGACAUCGUCGCGUUUGGUGAUGGCAUCGAGGAGGGUGAGGGUGAAGGGCAGCAGGUUCUCAAAUCAUUCGUGGACAACAUUAACAACAGCGACAAUUCGCACCUUCUCACUGUACAUCCCGGCUCCCACCUGCUAUCAGAUGCCCUCAUCGCCUCGCCCAUUCUCUCUGCCGACAGGAGUGCCAGCAUCCCAGAAGCAUUCGGAGGUACUGGUGCCGGACCUGCCGCGGGAGGAUCGACGGCAAACGACUUCGAGUUUGGUGUCGACCCCAGUCUGGAUCCCGAAUUGGCCAUGGCCCUACGCAUGUCGAUGCAGGAGGCACAAGCUCGCGAGGCAGCAGAGGCAGCGGCAUCGUCUUCUUCAGCUCAAGCAGAAACGUCCUCUACACCAGCACCUCCCUCAGGAGUCCCAGCUGCUCCUGCUGUAGUACUAUCGACGGCUGAGCCAAUAGACGACGACGACGAUGCUGAGCUGCAAGAAGCACUCCGCCUAUCAAAAGCACAGGAAGGAGAUGACGACGAGGACGAAGACGAGGAUGGGGACGUCGAGAUGGACGACGAGGAUGAGGACGAGGAAGACGAAGAGGACGAGGAUGCGGCUAUUGCGAGGGCUAUUGAAAUGAGUAUGCGACCGCAGGAGGAGCAAGAUGAUAAGGGUGGGGUGAAGAAGAAAUAA